GAUCUGGUGCUUGGUGAAGGUAUUCUGCAGGACCUUGAAGUUCUGAAUGUACAGAUACUCAGAGUUGACAUUGAACUUGACCUUGGACAUGGGCACAUCCAUGUAGAUGCUGUCGAAGACCUGGCAGAGGGCAGCACUGGGCUGGUGUUAGGCUCGUUGCUUUGUUUGCUCGGCGGAGUGGGCGGGUUGGGACAUCAUGGCCAUGAUGGUGCGAGGAGGGGGCGGGGCGGAAGUAGUCGACUCACCCGGUACCGCAUUGCUCGACCUUUGUGAUGUUGAGCUGGAGAAGGCUGUUCAGCCACUGGAUAAGCUCUUGCCUUGACUCGCCCAUCUUGAAUGUUUGUCUGGGGACGUGGAGGGGAACAGCUAAAUAGGAUCGGAGGAGAGCGAGGCGGCGCGAGAGAGACGCCGAGGUGCAGGAGACAAGAAUGCUCGCGGAACAGGGAACAGGAAGGGUAUCGAGGAGCGUGGUCCGGAGGCGGAGGGACGCGGUGGAAGAUUGCGCGAGGCGGCGAAAGGAGACGGACGGAGAGCCGGGAUGGAGAAAUUAAACCAGGUCCUCAGUGUUCGCGCUGAUUCCAGAAGUAAUUGUAUUGGCGGCCAGCCCAAGCCAGUCGCCCAAUCAACCAAACCAACCGUGGUGGGGGUUACUCGGGGGAACCACCGCGAGGCCUUGCUUUUUGCUGUGAUUGUGUGUACCGGUACGUACCUCGCACCUGGCGUCUGGCGUCUGGCACCUCCCACCGCCCACCCUGGCCACGUCCACGACACUCAGAUCGCCUCCCCGCCUUCCCCUGAUGUUGACUUUGGGACGGCUCAGUGGAGUCACGUGCUGCAACGUCGUUU